AUUCCAUUCUUCCCCGGAUCGGAGGCCGUCUCCUCCUAUCUUUUAACCAUGUCUUCCUCUUCAGAACAUACACAUGAUGAGGAUCAUUGGUCGAAGGAUGAUUCAACACCAACAUACGAGCCAUUGAACUAUAUCGAACAGCACGACGUGGAGACGCUCACGCGGAUUGCUACUCAACAAUCUCGCCGACAGUCAAUUAUUCCUACUCAUCGUCUUGCAUCAGUUGCUCAACACGAUGCCUCAUUGAACCCUCAAUCGAAAGAAUUUGACCUUCGGAAAUGGCUCGGUAUGGCCAUGAGCGACGCCCAGCGCGAUGGCACCCAUCGCGGCCAGAACUUGGGAAUUGUCUUCAAGAACCUCAAUGUCUACGGAUCAGGGGCAGCUUUGCAAUUCCAGGAUACUGUUGACUCCAUGUUGACUGCCCCUCUUCGAAUUCCACAGACGAUUCGUGAAUCACACGCCCCCAAAAGGCGAAUUCUGAAGGACUUCAAUGGUCUAGUGAAGAAGGGUGAAUUGCUUCUGGUCCUAGGUCGCCCUGGCUCUGGUUGCAGUACCAUGCUUAAAACUAUUACUGGUGAACUGCAUGGUCUGGAGCUUGACAAAGAUAGCACCAUUCACUAUAACGGCAUUCCCCAAUCUCGCAUGAUUAAGGAGUACAAAGGCGAAGUGGUAUACAACCAAGAGGUCGAUCGCCAUUUCCCCCAUUUGACGGUCGGACAAACACUGGAAUUUGCCAGUGCGACACGAACCCCAACUCAUCGCUUCGAAGGCAUGUCUCGCUCGGAGUUCUCCAAGUAUAUGGCACAAGUUGUGAUGGCGGUCUUUGGUCUCAGUCACACCUACAACACGCGGGUCGGAGAUGACUUCAUUCGUGGUGUCUCCGGUGGUGAAAGAAAGCGUGUUAGUAUUGCUGAGAUGGCUGUGGCAGCAGCUCCCCUAGGAGCUUGGGAUAACUCCACUCGAGGUCUCGACUCGGCAACAGCCUUGAAGUUUGUCGAAUCCUUGCGCCUUCUUUCGGAUCUCUCUGGCUCUUCUCACUUCGUUGCUGCCUACCAAGCUAGCCAAAAUAUCUAUGACAUCUUUGAUAAGGUUGUUGUUCUUUAUGAAGGUCGACAGGUUUUCUUUGGACAAGCCAAGGUCGCAAAGGAAUUUUUCGAGCGACAAGGAUGGGUUUGCCCACCUCGACAGACGACUGGAGACUUCCUCACCUCAGUGACAAACGCUGAUGAGCGUCAGGCUCAACCUGGCAUGGAAAAUCGUGUUCCUCGCACCCCUGAGGAUUUCGAGAAAUUUUGGCUUAACUCUCCCGAGUACACACAGCUUCAAAAAGAAAUUGCUGACUACGAGGAAGAAUACCCAAUGGAAGCAGACUCCUCAGCUGCCAUUGAACUCCAGGAGAAGAAGCGUGGCAAACAGGCCAAGCACACCCGCCCCAAGUCACCAUAUAUUAUCAGCGUGCCUAUGCAGAUCAAGCUGAACACGGUUCGUGCCUAUCAGCGCCUCUGGAAUGAUGCAGCCGCAACAGUCUCUACUGUGGUUAGUAACAUCAUUAUGGCACUGAUUAUCGGAUCCGUUUUCUACAAUUCCCCCGCCGUGACCUCUGGCUUCCAAGCUCGUGGAGCCACCCUCUUCUUUGCUGUCCUGCUCAACGCUCUUACUGCAAUGAGUGAAAUCAACAGUCUUUAUUCCCAGCGCCCAAUUGUUGAAAAGCAUAAUUCAUAUGCUUUUUAUCAUCCGUUCACAGAGGCAAUGGCUGGUAUAGCAGCGGAUAUACCUGUCAAAUUUACCCUCGCCGUCGCCUUCAACAUCAUCAUUUACUUCCUUUCUGGUCUUAAGCGAGAAGCUGGACAAUUCUUCUUGUACUUUCUGGUUACAUUCCUGAUUAUGUUUGUCAUGAGUGCGGUGUUCCGAACUUUGGCAGCUGUCACGAAGACAAUCUCUCAGGCCAUGGGUCUGGCUGGUGUCAUGAUCCUCGCUCUCGUCGUGUAUACAGGUUUUGUCUUACCAGUGCCAUCCAUGCAUCCCUGGUUUGAGUGGAUUCAUUAUCUGAAUCCUAUCUACUACGCCUUUGAAAUCCUAAUCGCCAACGAAUUCCAUGGGAGGGAUUUCCCUUGCUCGCAAUUUGUCCCCUCUUAUGCUGAUAUGUCGGGAACCUCAUUUUCCUGCUCCGUCAUUGGAUCCGUCGCUGGUGAACAAACUGUCAACGGCGACCGAUACAUCUGGUUGAACUACAGGUACACCUAUGAGCAUGUAUGGCGCAACCUUGGAAUCCUGUUCGCUUUCCUGGUCGGCUUUAUGGCUAUCUACUUCAUUGCUUGCGAGUUGAACUCCUCCACCACUAGCACCGCCGAGGCUCUUGUUUUCCGCCGUGGCCAUGAGCCUGCUUACAUGCGCCGUGGCCAAGAGAAAUCUGGCGACGAUGUUGAGAAUACGACCGAAGCUCCGGUAAAACAGACCACCUCUGAUGGAGAAGAAGGCCAGGGAAUGUCUGCUAUUCAACCUCAAACUGAUGUUUUUACUUGGCGCGAUGUCUCUUACGAUAUUGAGAUCAAGGGUGAGCCCCGACGACUUUUGGAUCAUGUUUCUGGAUGGGUCAAGCCAGGCACUCUCACUGCACUUAUGGGUGUUAGUGGUGCUGGUAAGACUACUCUUCUAGAUGUUCUGGCUCAUCGAACCUCCAUCGGUGUUGUCACUGGCGAUAUGUUUGUCAAUGGAAAGAGCCUCGAUGCUAGCUUCCAGCGGAAAACCGGCUACGUUCAGCAGCAGGAUCUUCACCUUGAAACUGCAACUGUUCGCGAGAGUUUGCGAUUCAGUGCUCUUCUGCGUCAGCCUGCCAGUGUCUCGAUGAAGGAAAAGUACGACUAUGUCGAGCAGGUCAUCGGGAUGCUUCGAAUGGAAGACUUUGCCGAAGCAAUCGUCGGUGUGCCUGGUGAAGGUCUGAAUGUCGAGCAGCGUAAGCUGUUGACUAUCGGUGUUGAAUUGGCUGCGAAGCCUAAGCUUCUUCUCUUUUUGGACGAACCCACCAGUGGUCUCGACUCCCAAAGUUCUUGGGCUAUUUGCUCUUUCUUGCGCAAGCUUGCCGAGCAUGGCCAAGCAGUUCUUUGCACAAUUCACCAGCCUAGCGCCAUUCUCUUCCAGCAAUUUGAUCAACUCCUGUUCUUAGCCCGAGGUGGUAAGACCGUUUACUUUGGUCCUGUCGGCGAACAAUCUCGCACCCUCUUGGACUACUUUGAGGCCAACGGUGCCCGAAAGUGCGAUGACAGCGAGAACCCCGCUGAGUUCAUGCUUGAUGUGGUCAAUGCUGGAACGAACCCCCAAGGCCAAGAUUGGUUUGAUGUCUGGAAGCAAAGCAAGGAAUCCGUCGCCGUCCAGGCCGAGAUCGACCGCAUUCACAAGGAAAAGCAAGGUCAACAGGCUGAGGCCGAGGAUGCUUCUGCCACCGCCGAGUUUGCCAUGCCAUUCUGGUUCCAACUGUACCAAGUCACCUAUCGUGUUUUCCAACAGUACUGGCGCAUGCCCUCGUACGUUGUCUCCAAGUGGGGACUGGGUAUUGCAGCUGGUCUCUUCAUCGGGUUCUCAUUUUACCAAGCCAAAACUUCACUGCAAGGAAUGCAGACAAUCAUCUACUCGGUUUUCAUGCUUUGCACAAUCUUCACAUCUCUGGUGCAGCAAUUGAUGCCUCUCUUCGUUACCCAACGGUCCCUCUAUGAGGUUCGCGAGAGGCCCUCCAAGGCCUAUUCCUGGAAGGCCUUCCUCAUCGCCAACGUCAUUGUCGAAAUCCCCUAUAUGGCCGUCACCGGUAUUCUCAUCUUUGCUUGUUAUUUCUACGCCGUCGUGGGUAUCCCCAGCUCUCUCAGCCAAGGCACUGUCCUUCUUUUCUGCAUCCAAUUUUUCAUCUACGCCAGCACAUUUGCCCAAAUGUGCAUUGCCGCUCUGCCCGAUGCCCAGACUGCCAGCGCAGUCGUCGUCCUUCUUUUCGCAAUGUCUCUCACUUUCAACGGUGUGAUGCAGCCCCCAUCCGCCCUCCCAGGAUUCUGGAUAUUCAUGUACCGCGUCUCGCCCUUCACAUACUGGGUUGGAGGCAUGGUAUCAACCCAGGUUCACGAUCGAGCUAUUGAAUGUUCCGAGUCUGAACUCUCCAUCUUUGAUCCGCCAUCUGGCCAAACAUGCUGGCAGUAUCUUGAGAAGUAUGCGACCUUGGCCGGCGGUCAAGUGCUUAACAAGGACGCUACUUCCAGUUGCGAGUACUGCUCUCUGCAGGUUGCUGAUCAGUUUACGGCGCAAUCGGGGAUCUACUACUCCGACCGCUGGAGAAACUUUGGCAUCGUCUGGGCCUUUAUCAUCUUCAAUAUCUUCAUGGCUACCGUUCUCUACUACACUUUCCGGGUCAAGAAAUGGAGUCUUGACGGCAUCAAGCAGAAGCUUGGCAGCUUCAUCCCAUCGAAGAAAUCCAAGGCUGGUCAAUAA